UUUUUCGGGACGUUUCGUUCUUUUACGAAGCGUGUUUUAUACUGUAAUAAAAUAACUGUUACUUUCAUUAUUUACUUGGAAGUUUAAAUCUGUUUAGCUUGUAUUUUUAUUCAUAAUCUAUAAUACACCAGACACGUGUAAAAACUAUUGAUUUUGUGUUUUAUUACGUGUUAAUACACAUGAAGUGUCCGCAUUUACGGGUUUACACGUCAUGGAUGAGUCGAAUUUAACAACCGGUACAUCUUCGACUGGUUUUUUACCUACAACUUCAGCAAACUAUUUAGUUAUGCCUUUUACUCCUACGGUGCCUAGUGUUCCAAUGCCACAGUCUGUAGUAUGGACUCCAAUGCAACAAUCUUCAUUAGUGGUUCCUGUGACGCCACAUGUUGUGUCUGCUCCUCCACGUUUUAACCCUCGUGCUACUCGGAAAAAUUUCCGUCAACCAACACCUUCAGAACCAGCUAUUACUGUAUUUGUUGGUAAUAUUUCUGAAAAAGCUCCAGAUACUAUGAUUAGGCAUAUUUUGGCAACUUGUGGAAACAUUGCUUCUUGGAAAAGGGUACAAGGAUUUGGUUUUUGUGAAUAUUAUGGAGCUCAAGCUGCAUUACGUGCCAUUAAAGUUCUACAUGAUAUGGAAGUAGGUGAUAAAAAACUUGUAGUCAAAGUAGAUGCAAAAGCACAAGAAACAUUGGAUCAAUUUAAGGCAGAAAAAAAAGGUACUGAUGAUCCUGAAGAAAAUCAACAAUUUGAAGUAUUUUGUAGACAGAGAAUAAGUAGUAUUAUUAGUGAGCAUAAUGAUGAAAUGAACAAAGAAGGAAAUAAAAAUGAAGAAGAAGACAAACCAAGUAUUGUUGAUGGUGUUGGAUUUGAUUUGGUACCGAAUGAAGAUGAAAAAAAAAGUUUAAUUACUAGAGAAAUAGGUAAGUUUCGAGAAGUUAUGAAAAAACGAGAAGAGGAGAAAGAAGUUGAAAGAAAAAAGAAACAGGAAAAAGAAAAAUUAAAUGGAAGACAUGCGACUCCUGAUAGUCCAGAUGAAGAUGAAAUUAGAAGAAUACGCCGUAGAGAAGAACGUGAUAAAAGAGAUAAAGAAAAAGAAGAAAGAGACAAAAGAGAAAGAGAAAGAGAUGAAAGAGAUAAACGUGAUAGAGAGAAGAAAGAAAGAAGAGACAAAGAAAGAGAACGAGAAAAAAAAGAUAGAGAAAAAAGCAUCGAUAAAGAAAAUCGUAAAGAAAAAGAACCAGAAAAAAGCAGAGGCCAUUAUGAUAAAAAUAGAUUAAGAGAAAAAGAAAUGGAAGAAGAAGAACUGGAAAUGAAAAAAGAAGAUGAUCGGAGAAGGGAAAGAGAAAUAGCAUAUCAAGAAAAACGCAAGCAGUGGGAAAUUAGAGAAAAUCAGAAGAAAAAAGAAUUGGCCAAAGAACGUUCUAAAAAACAAAUGAUAGAAGAAGAACGAGAAAGAAAUGCUAAAAAAUUAAAAGAAUUUUUGGAAGAUUAUGAUGAUGAUAAAGAUGAUCAGAAAUAUUAUAAAGGUAGAGAGUUGCAAAAACGAAUUGAGCUUAGAGAAAAAGAAAUAGAAGAAGAUGGAAGAGAUAGACAAAAAGAAAAAGAUGAACUUGAAGCUAUCAGGGAAAAAAUAUACAACAGUGACUUCAAAGACCCAGAACUAGAAUUUGCUAAGGUAUUAAAAGCCAGAGAAGAAAUGUAUAAGCCUAAACUAUUAAUAGAUGUUGCUGAAAAACAAAGAGAUAAAUUAAAACGUUAUGAAAUGGAAAUUGAAAAAGAAAUUCAAAAACAAAAAAAUAUAGAAGCUGAGCAAGAACGACAGCGCCAUGUUAUGGAAAAAGCACAGACGCCCAGUCCUCAGCAACCAGCUACUCCUCCCAGCCUUGAACCUCAAACACCUCCGCCUGAGUUUGCACCUAUGACUCAAUCAACAACUUUAAUGAUUAAGAAAAGAAUGGACGUUAAAGAUGUAUUCAACAAUGACGAUGAAGAACUUCCACGACCGAAAAAAAGAAAAUUAGUUCCUCUUGAUUAUACAGAUAAAAAAGAAGAAGAGAGUAAAGCUGUUGAAGAAAAGAAAAAAAAUAUACGCCAAUUAAUUGAACGUAUUCCCACUGAUAAAGAUGACUUGUUUUCAUUUCUUCUUGAUUGGACUGUUGUCGACAAUCAAUUAAUGGAAAAACGUAUCAGACCUUGGAUUAAUAAAAAAAUCAUCGAAUACAUUGGUGAACCAGAACCAACUCUAGUAGAUUUUAUAUGUUCAAAGGUAUUAGCUGGUAGCAGUCCUCAAGCUAUACUUGAUGAUGUUCAAAUGGUGCUUGAUGAAGAAGCUGAAGUGUUUGUUGUAAAAAUGUGGAGACUUCUUGUCUAUGAAGUUGAAGCUAAAAAAUUAGGAUUAGUUAAAUUAGAAGAAAAUGGUCAUAAAGAUCCUUAAUAUUUCAAUACUAACUUUUGUAAAUAUAAUCUUUUAAUAUUUUACAAAUUUGGAAAUGUUUCAACCUCAGUUUUUAGUUUAAUAAUAAUUUGCCACUGUCUCAUAAGGUAAAAUUGGCUGAGUUUUAAUUUAUCAAAGAAUUAUUGUUAUUGGAUCAAAAUCUGUAUUAUUCAUAUUUUGUGUUUUUAAGUUAAAUGUACAACUAUUUUCAUCGAUCAUUUUACUG